AACAAAUUGAAAAGAAAGUUCCAAGAAACCAACAUUCAAACUUCCAAACUUUUACGUGUUCAUAAUUAAACGCGUUGUUUCCUCUCAUACAAUUAUUUGCCGUGUUUAAGUUUCUCUUGUCCAAUUCUUCCUUUUCUUGCAUAAACUCACACUCUCUCUUAUUUUCUUAGUUCAAUCUUAACAAUAAACAAGGGCAAGCUAAUUUAGUUUUCAAUGAGAACAAACUUUGCAGCAAUCUUCUUAGUCUCCUUGUUUUUCUUUCCAGCUGUUGCUUUUGCUGUCAGAUCCUUUCCCAGCAAAGCCGAUUGCAAUGGAGAUAAAACCCGGAUCAAAUUUGAUACCUCUAUGCGGUUUUUGGAGGCACCCGCGUAUCAAAACGGCCUUGAAUGUCCAGUUUUGGCCUCGAGUUCUUUGUUAUUGGUGUGUGAUCCUUCGGUUGUUCAUGUUGCAAUGACACUUGAUCCAGAGUAUUUGAGAGGCUCUGUAGCAGCAAUUCAUUCAGUUCUCAAACACGCUUCUUGCCCGGAAAAUAUUUUCUUUCACUUGAUUGCUUCUGAUUCUAGCUGGGUUUCGGUUUCUGUUCCUUCUGAUGAACUUUCGCAUAUUGUUCGGUUGGCUUUUCCUUCUUUGAAGUUCAAGGUUUAUGAGUUUAAAGAGUCUCUUGUUGCUGAUCUUAUCUCUUCUUCAAUCCGUCACGCUCUUGACAAUCCAUUGAAUUAUGCCAGAAGUUACUUGGCUGAUAUGCUUGAAUCUUGUGUUGAACGGGUGAUUUAUCUGGAUUCUGAUACAAUACUUGUUGAUGAUAUUCAGAAACUUUGGAGGGUUUCUUUAUCUGGGUCAAGGACAAUUGGUGCUCCAGAGUAUUGCCAUGCAAAUUUCACAAAGUAUUUUACCGAUGACUUCUGGUUUAACACUGAUUUCUCCAGGGUUUUUGAAGGGAAAAAUCCUUGCUACUUUAACACAGGAGUGAUGGUGAUGGAUUUAAAGAGAUGGAGGGAGAAUGAUUAUACAGGAAAGAUUGAGAAGUGGAUGAAGAUUCAGAAGGAGAAGAGGAUUUACGAGCUGGGUUCUCUUCCUCCAUUUUUGUUAGUGUUUGGUGGAGACGUGGAAGCCAUUGAUCAUAGAUGGAAUCAACAUGGACUUGGGGGAGAUAAUGUGGUUAAUAGUUGCAGAAGCUUGCAUCCAGGGCCAGUGAGUUUGCUCCAUUGGAGUGGGAAAGGGAAGCCAUGGGCGAGGCUUGAUGCCAAGAAGCCUUGUCCAGUCGAUUAUUUGUGGGCACCUUACGAUCUCCACAAGUUUGGGAACCAAAAACAGUGACAGAAAUAUUGAUUCAUUCAUUUGAUUUUUGAUGAGUCUAAAUUUUUUUGUAUAGACAGAGACACAAGGUUCAUAUAGAGAUACAUUUUUUCAUUAUUAUUUGUACUGUUAUAUGAUUGUAAAUGAUUUUGGUGCUUAGAAAAUUGACAGAUUUUGUUACUUUUA